AUGUCGCGCCCCAUGGAGGUCAAGCUCGUCGGCGGACUCCUCUGCUACACGCUCACGCGGACGAUGAUGGCCCGACAAUUGCCGUCGGCCAAGUUCGGCGGCGAGAACGCCGACGGCUGGCUCGGCCCCUGGUUCAGCGACACGUGUCUGGGGAUCCUGACGCCCUUCGCGAUCUACGGCGCGUUCACGGGCAAGGGCGUCGUCGCCUGGGGCCUCCUCCUCUCCUUCAACGUCCUCGGGUCGUACGACUACGCGAACGGGCUCCUCGCGCACUCGUCGAUGUUCCGCGUCUGCGCGGCUGCCCUCGGCCGCGUGGCCGUGCGCCUCCCGAGCGGCGCCGAGGCGCUCGUCGAGGCCACCGGCCCGACGGGCGCGGCGACGCUGCGCGUCGAGAGCGCCGGCGCCGCGCCGGUCGUCGUCCGGUCGUCCUGGGACGAGUUCGGGUCUGUCGUGCGCGCCGACGACGGCGGCCUCGAGGUCGUGUCGCCGCAGCGGACGUCGCUGACGCUCGCGGCCGGCGGCGACGUGGCCAUCGUCGGCAAGGUCGAGGGCGACGACGUGCGCGCGGCCGCGCGGGGCCGCCUGUCCGUCGGGACGGCGCGCGGCGCGCGCGUGGCGCUCGCCGCGGGCGCCGGCCUCGACGCGUCGCGCCUCGUCGAGGGCGUCGACGUCGACGUCGACGUCGACGGCGCCGUGGCCAUCGCGAAGCUCCAGGCGACGCGCGCGGCCGUCGCCGCGCGCGGCGGCGCGGUGCACAUCGCCGCGGCCUACUGCGCGGACCUGUCCGUGUCGAGCGACGCCGUCGACGCCGGCGCCGUGACGCUCGACACGGCCCACGGCCGCGUCGCCGCGGCGGCGCCGAACGGCGGCGUCGUGCUCCGGCGGUGCUCCGGCGCCGCGGUGGUCACCUGCGGCGGCGACGCGGAUCUGGCCUUCGACGCGGUGAACGGCGACGUCGCGGCGAAUUCCGCGCGCGGCGACGUCGCCGUCUCCGUCGCGACGGACGUCGCCGCGGACGUGGCGCUGUCGGCGCCGCGCGUCGACGCGUCCGGCGCGGAGAACUUCGAGGCCGCGGGCGCCGAGCCCGGCGCGCUCACCGGCGCGCUCGUCGCCGUCGCCAAGCCGUUGAGCCGCAAGGGCGCGGGCAAGGUCGACGCGGCGGGCGCGGCGACGCAGCGCUGGGACUCGGCCGUGACGACGGACGCGCGCCGGCCGACCAUCGCCGCGACGGCCGCGGGGUGCGCGUCGCUCCGGACGCUGUCCUGGAUCGACUCCAUCCGGCGCCAGGGACAUGAGCCGCACGCGGCGCCCGACGCCGGCGGCGGCCUCACGCCCGCGCAGAUGGUCGAGGCCGCCUUGAUCGCGAACGCGGACCCCAAGACGGGGUUCGGCAUCCUCAAGGGCCACCUGCCCAACAGGGGCGGCACCGUCGAGGCGCGGCUCGCGCCGCCGCCGCGGAACGCGCCGCCGCGGCCGCGGCACCGCCCGGCCUGCGACCGCCGGCCGAGCGCGACAUUCACAAUGUGCCGCCUCCUCCUGGCCUGCGCGGGCGACGGCGCCGACGACAUCCCGCUGGACUCGCUCGUCAAGGCGAAGUCCACCACUCGGUCGAAGCUCUUCGGCCUGCAGCGCGGCGAGCGGCUCCACGGCUUCGGCGUCGCGUGGCUCCCGGUGCGCGGGCCGGCGGGCUGCGUCGUCACGCUCCGGCCGCCGCUCGACGACCUGAACGUGCGCCGCGUCGCCGCGGCGGCGGGUGGCCGCGUCGCGCUCGCGCACGUGCGGAGCUGCGCCUGCGACAGCUGCCCGGCGACGACGUACUGCCCGGCGUCGGAGCCGAACUGCCAGCCCUUCGCGCGCGGAGAAUUGGUCUUCGCGCACGUCGGCAUCCUCGCGCACCACCGCGCGCUCGCGAAGAGCGGCGGCGAGGCCGCGCGGCGCGCGGACGCCGCGGGCGCGCUGGACUGCGGCAACUCGGACAGCGCGUUCCUGUUUCGCGUCUUCGUCUCUCUGUACGACGAGACGCGGGACGUCGCCGCGGCGCUGCGGCGGCUCGCGGCGCUCGUCGCCGCCGACGCGCCGCCCUCGUCGCUGAAUCUGGUCGCGGCCGACGGCGCCGGCGCGGUCGCGCUGCGGUUCCGGUCCCCGGGCGACGGCCGGCCGCCGCCGCCGCUCUGGUACGCGCGCGGGAAGCGCGGCGGCGUCGUCGUCGCGUCGGCGGCCGUGCGCCGCGACGACGUCGACCCCGGCGCCUGGGCCGAGGCCCCCGCGGGGACGCUGCUCCGGUGGACGCGGGCCGGCGGCCUCGAGGCGACGCGGUUCGCGCCGGAGGCGCCGCGGAAGUUCGCGCCCCCCGGAACCGAACGCGCGCGCCCGCCGCCCGAGGACGAGGUGCCGGCGCCCCCGAGGCCGCCGCGGGCGCCGGCUCCGGCGAAGAAGGACGGCGCGGCGCUCAAGGCCGCCGACGCGCGGCUCCGCGCCGUCGUCGCGGCCGCGGCGAGGGACGACCCGGCCGCGGGCAAAAGGCUCGCGGCGGCGAAGAAGCGGAUCUACGCCGCGCUCAGGGGCGCCGCCGCCGUCGACGCCGCGGCCGUCGACGCCGCCGUCGCCGAGCUCGAGGGGGCGCGGGCGCCGCCGCCGCCGAGCUACGCGGCGCGCCUCGCGGCGUGCGGCGCCGGCGGCGACGGCGACGCCGCGCGGGCGAUCCUCGCGGAGCUCGAGGCCGCGCGGCCGGGCGCGCCCGCGGCCCACGCCCUCGCGCUGCUCCAGGCGCGCAUGUACGACGCGCGCUACGAGGACGACGGCGCCGAGGGCUCCGCCGGCGGCGACAAGGCCGGCGUCGAGGAGGUCAAGGACGUCAUGGCCUCGGAGAGCGCGGCGUUCCGCGGCGUCUUCGCCGCGGCGCGGCGGGGCGCGCCGUCGCCGGCGUCCCUGCGCGUGCUCGACUUCGGCUCCGGCGACGGCCGCUACCUCGCCGAGUUCUGCCGCACCGCGGCCGCGGUUUUGCAGGGCGGCGACGAACUCGAGGUCGUCGCCUACGACGUGAGCGCCGGCGCGCUCCGCGCGUUCCGGCGGCGCUGCCUGCGGGACGCGGGCUUUUCCGCGCGCGGCGGCGGCCCGCUCGGUGCUGUUGUGAAGGAUGUGGCCGCGGCCGGUGGUGGGACAGCCGCACUCACGAUCGCCUUCGUCCGCGGCGACGCCGUCGCGUCGCCGGAGGCCGUCGAGGCCCUGCUGCGGUGCGGCGCGGCGGGCGACGUGUUCGACGUCGCGGUGUCGGGCUGGGGGAGCACGUCGGCGAUCCCGGACCUCGAAGGCGCGCGCGGGCCGUCGCGGCAGGACGGUUUCGUCGCCGCGCUCUGCCGCCUCGCGCCGCGCCUGCUCCAGGCGCUCGACGCGCGGAUCCGCCUCGCGACGCGGCCCGGCGACUUCUACUACCCCGUCGCGGGCCACGACUACUUCUUCUCCGCCGUGACGCCCGCGCGCGAGCGCCAGCGGCUCCUCGCGGCGGGCUUCGCCGAGGCGACCAUCUCCGCGUGCAACGUCGUCUCCUUCCGCGACAUCCUCGGCAGCGCCGUCGUCGCCAAGCUCGAGCGCGCGGCGUUGCGGCUCGUCGACGCCGACGACCACCUGGGGCUCCAGCGGCUCCUCGCGCUCGGCGCGGCGCGCGCGACGGGCGAAAAGGCGCGGCGGACCGCGCGGCUCUUCGACCCGGACCGCACGCUCGUCGACCAGGCCGCGCGCUACCUCAUCUCCGUCGCGCGCCGCUAG